AGAGAGAGAGAGAGAAAGGAAGGAAGGAGAGGGAGAAGCUGUCAGACUUAGGGGAGGGCGCAGCUUUUCUCAGACGUGCCGUUUUAACCCCACUCGAGACGUCGGUCCAGUAAGGAGGCAAAAGGCUGCCGAUCGCUUGCAACAAAGGCUCGGGACUUCCCUCCUGGCGUCACUCCGGAGCUGAGGCGUGUUAGAUCCUCUGCAGGAAACAGGUUUUCCUUUCUCGUGCUUCGCUGCGUUGCUUCAUCCGCCGCCGCCGCCGCUCUUUCCUUUCCUGGCGAUUGCCAAGCCCCGUUUCGCCAAGGAGCCUCAUGCUCUGUUCAGAGCAGCAGCCCAGGAGGCAGGAUGGUUUCUUCGGCGGGUCGGCGAGGCGCUAGCCAGGUGCUGCCGCGAGGCGAUCGCCUUCUCCCAGCCGUUUCCCUCGUGCUCGUGCUGCUGCUGCUCCCGCUGCUCCCGGUGCCCGGGCUGGAAGUGCAGCACAAGUUCGUCUCGCUCACGGUCACCAACAACUUCGCUCUGGAUGCGUCGGGAAGCAAGGUGUACCUGGCGGCCGUCAACCGGCUCUACCAGCUGUCGGGCCCCAACCUGACCCUGGAGGUGGAGGAGCAGGUGGGACCCAAGGAGGACAACCCGCUUUGCCACGCUCCGCAGCUGCCCCAGGCGUCGUGCGAGCACGCCAGGAAGCCCACCGACAACUACAACAAGCUGCUGCAGCCCGACCCGGAGCAAGGCAUCCUGGUGGUGUGCGGCUCCGUCUACCAAGGCUUCUGCCAGCUGCGCAGCAUGGACAACAUCUCCGUCGUGGCCGUCGCUUUCCCGCCCGGGGCAGGUGGAGGCGGCGGCGGGGACCAGGUCACGGUGUUCCCCAGCAUGCUCAACGUGGCGGCCAACCACGCCAACGCGUCCACCGUGGGCUUGGUGCUCAAGCAGGCCGGGCAGGACACGCGCCUGCUGGUGGCCGCCACUUACACGGGCUUGGGCAGCCCCUUCUUCCCUCGCAACGCCAGCCUGGAGGACCACCGCUUCGAGAACACGCCCGAGAUCGCCAUCCGCGCUCUGGACGCCCGCGGGGACCUGGCGCGCCUCUUCACCUUCGACAUCAACCCCUCCGACGACAACAUCUUCAAGAUCAAGCAGGGCGCCAAGGAGCGCCACAAGCUCAGCUUCGUGCGCGCCUUCCUGCACCGCGGAGCCCGCCCGCCGUCGCAGCCGCUGCCGCCGCCGCCGCCUUCUCGCCCCGGAGAGGAAAAGGGCGCCCCCAGCGGCCGGAGUCCCUACGCCGGGCCUGGGGCUUCCCUUCUCCCCGGCGGCGCCCCUGCCCGGAGCGGCCUCCCGCUCUCUCCUCCGGCAGGCGCCCCGCUCGGCCGCUACGCCUACUUGGCCCUCAACAGCGAGGCGAAUGCGCGGGAAAAGGAAAGCCACUCGCACAGCCUUCUGGCGCGCAUCUGCCUGGGCGACCCGGCCGAGGCGACGACUCUGAACGGCAGCAGCGGCGGCGGCGGCGGCGGCGGCGCGGAGACCAAGAAGCUGACCGAGUCCUACAUCCAGAUGGGGUUGCAGUGCAGCAGCGGCGCCUGGCGCGGAGGUGGGGCAGCGUCGGGGGCGGCCGGCGGCGGCGGCGGCGGCGACCUCUUCAACCGACUGGUGUCGGUCUUCCCCGCUAGCGCCGCCCUGCAGGUGGGCUCAGGAAGCGCUUCGCCGCCCCGGCCGGAGGAGCUGCUCUUCGGGGUCUUCGAGAAGGCCUCGUCCUCCUCCGGGACGGGGUUUGGGGGCCGGCAAGCGCCCCAGCCCUCGGCGCUGUGUGUUUUCCGCUUCGCCGAGAUUGAGGAGGCCAUCCGGGUGGCCAGGAACUCUUGCUUCGUGGCUCCCGACGCCGGGCUGGUCACGGUGCUUGAUAGCGUGGUGCAAGGCACCGGGCCCGCCUGCGAGAAGAGGAAAAUACAGUUGCAACCAGAACAGUUGGAUUGUGGAGCAGCGCAUCUCCAGCACCCACUGUCAAUCCUGCAACCUAUCAAGGCCAGGCCAGUGUUCACUUCACCAGGACUUACAUCAGUAGCUGUCACCAGCGUCAAUAAUUACACAGUUGUAUUUCUGGGAACAGCCAAUGGAAGACUGCUCAAGAUUAAUCUGAACAGUUCUAUGGAGGAGAUAAGCAGGGAGUCAAUUACUGUGGCUUAUGGCGAACCUGUUCAUCCAAUCAUGCAGUUUGAUCCUUCUGACUCCAGCUACCUGUAUCUAAUGACUUCCCACCAGAUAGCCCGUGUGAAAGUAGCUGCCUGUAAUCAAUACACUACAUGUACAGAGUGCUUGGCUGCAGCCGAUGCUUACUGUGGAUGGUGCACCUUGGAGACCAGGUGUUCCCUGCAACAUGAGUGCGCUAAUUCUUCUGAACCCAAUUUCUGGAUAAGUGCCAGCGAAGGAGUGCAGCAGUGUCCGUCAAUGACCAUUCUACCCUCAGAAAUAAACAUUGAGAAGGAGAACAAAGGCAUGAUAAUCCAAAUAAAUGGGAAUAUUCCAAGUUUGAAUGGAAUGGAGAUGUCUUGCAAUUAUGGAAAUAAUAUAUCCACUGUAGCUAAAGUUGCUGCCCACUCUUGGAGCCAGUUUGUUUAUUGCAAUUUUCUUCCUAGAGAAAAAUAUCCAGCCUUCCCAUACAAUCAAGAUCAUGUGAUUGUUCAAACUGCUGUACAGGUCAACGGCAAAAACAUCGUGUGGGCCAAUUUCACCAUCUAUGAUUGCAAGAGAACUGGAAACAUUUAUCCAAAGACAGCAUGUAUCAGCUGCCUCUCGGCUAAAUGGAAGUGUUACUGGUGCACUAGAAAAUACACCUGUGUCUCCAAUUCAACUGAAUGUGAGGACUCAAUACAGAUGAAUAACAGCACUGAUUGUCCACAGAUUGUACCUUCCUCUGUUGCACCAGCACCAACAGGGACUUCCCAGGACAUUGUCAUCACCUUGAUGAAUACUGCUUUCAUAAAGGAGAUGCCUUUGGAAUGUCAUUUUCAAACUGACAGGAUAUUUGAGGCCCAAUGGUUGAAUGCAUCUGCUGUUCAGUGCAGCAACGUGCUGCUUCACACUUCAGACAAAAGGCACCUCUUUCCACUAAACCUUCAGCUGAAGGAAAAACCCGAUAGAUUCAUUGAUAGUCCAGCGCUGAUGACAGUGGAGAUUUAUAAUUGUGCAAUUGGAAGUGCUGACUGUUCUCAGUGUCUUGGGAGAGAAGAUCUGGGUCAUCAGUGCAUUUGGAGCGAGAGCAGUUCUAAUUGUAGACUAAACACUGAGUCCCUCCAGAUUCCAGGCAUGUGUCCUCCUCCUGAGAUUAAGAAGAUCGAGCCCCUGAAUGGACCCCUGGAAGGCGGAACUCUGGUCACAAUACGAGGGAGAAAUCUGGGCCGUAGGUUCAGUGAUGUCAUUAACGCUGUCAAAAUAGGGAAUGUGAAGUGUUCGCCGCUCCCGGACAGAUAUAUCGUCUCUGAGGAAAUUGUGUGCUGGACUGGAGAAGCUCCAGAUGAAUUUUCUGAUGUGGUGACAGUUAAUUUGAAAGAAGGAAAAUCCAGGGACCGAUACUCUUAUGUGGUAAGUUUGAAGUUUAUGUCUCCAUCUACUGGCCCUAAAGCAGGAGGAACCAGAGUAACCAUCACAGGGAAUAACCUGAGUGUGGGAUCUGAGCUCCGUUUGGUUAAUAACACAAAAGAGUGUGAAGACCUCAGUCGCACUGACACUAGCAUCACUUGCACCAUGCCAGGUGUGGAAUUUACUACCACUGUGAAAGUCUGUGUCCAGUUUGAAAGGAAGUCCUGCAUUGGUGAUAACAGCACCUUCAAGUAUGAGAAAAAUCCAAGUAUAAGAGAUUCAACCCCCAAAGGAAACCCUGCAAGUGGAGGCAGAAUCAUCACCGUGGAAGGAAAUGAUUUCUUGAUGGUUCAGAAUGUGUCUAUGGUUGUUCUCAAUGUUGGAAAGAACAACACAAACUGUAAGGUUCACACGGACACUGUGAUUACCUGCCCUUCUCCAGCUGCUUCAACCUCACGGGAGAAGCCAGCACCUGUGGACUUCUACAUCAACGGGACGCCUGUUAUACCGACGACAGCCUUUUUCCCUUUUGAACACCCUGAGGAGGCCAUACUUAGCACGUUCCACUUGGAAUACUAUAUGGACCCCCAGUUCUUCACAGCCAAGCAGAGAAAUGGAUCCAAACACCAUCCAGGAGAGCCUUUGACGCUAGUUAUCAUGUAAGAAUGUGGUGCAAAAGAGCCUGACAACCUUGGCCUGGAAAGCAACGAGUAUGAAGUUAAGAUUGGCUUAAUUUCCUGCGAGAUCCAAAUAGUUUCAGAUAAAGUAAUUCACUGCUCAGUCAAUGAAUCUUUGAGCACCUCAGAAAGACAACUCCCUGUUACGAUCCAGGUUGGGAAAUUCAAUCAAACAAUUGCUAUGUUGCACCUUGGAGGAAGUGAGACGGCAAUCACUGUUUCCAUAGUCAUCUGUAGUAUCUUGCUGCUGCUCUCUGUUGUAGCCCUGUUUGUGUUUUGCACCAAGAGCCGCAGGGCGGAGCGUUAUUGGCAAAAGACUCUUCUGCAGAUGGAAGAGAUGGAGUCCCAGAUCCGAGAAGAAAUCCGCAAAGGUUUUGCAGAACUCCAGACAGAUAUGACAGAUCUUACCAAGGAGUUAAAUCGCAGCCAAGGAAUCCCAUUCCUGGAAUACAAGUACUUUGUUACACGGACAUUCUUUCCCAAAUGUUCCUCCCUCUAUGAAGAGCGUUACAUUCUGCCUUCCCAGCACCUUAAUUCCCAGAUGGGCUCUCAAGUGCAAGAAACUCACCCAUUACUGUUGGGAGAAUGGAAAAUUCCUGAAAAUUGUAGACCCAACAUGGAAGAAGGAAUUGCAUUGUUCUCAACCUUACUCAACAACAAGCACUUUCUCAAUGUCUUCGUCCAUGCUCUUGAGCAGCAGAAAGAUUUUGCUGUUAGAGACAGAUGCAACCUGGCCUCCUUGCUCACCAUUGCAUUGCAUGGGAAACUGGAGUACUACACCAGCAUCAUGAAGGACCUCUUGGUGGAUCUCAUUGACGCAUCUGCCUCUAAGAACCCCAAGCUUAUGCUGAGGAGGACAGAAUCUGUAGUUGAGAAGAUGCUAACCAACUGGAUGUCCAUCUGCAUGUACAGCUUUCUUAGAGAAACUGUUGGGGAGCCCUUCUUCCUCCUGCUCUGUGCAAUCAAGCAACAGAUCAAUAAAGGCUCCAUAGAUGCCAUCACUGGAAAAGCCAGGUAUACUCUCAACGAAGAAUGGCUAUUGAGAGAGAAUAUUGAAGCAAAGCCAAGGAAUCUUAAUGUGUCUUUCCAAGGCUGUGGGAUGGAUUCACUGAGUGUUCGGGUCAUGGAUACAGACACUCUCAGCCAGGUUAAAGAGAAGAUACUUGAAGCCUUUUGCAAGAAUAUUCCAUAUUCCCAGUGGCCUAGAGUAGAAGAUGUUGAUCUUGAAUGGUUUGCCACAAGCACUGACAGCUACAUCCUCCGGGACCUUGAUGACACUUCAGUGAUGGAGGAUGGCAGGAAGAAACUGAACACACUAGCACAUUAUAAGAUCCCUGAAGGUGCCUCCCUGGCUAUGAGUUUAACUGAUAAGAAAGAUACUACUUUAAGUAGAGUGAAAGAUCUGGACACUGAAAAAUACUUUCACUUGGUCCUUCCCACAGAUGACCUGAAUGAGAGUAAGAAAUCUCAUCGGCAGAGUCACAGGAAAAAAGUCCUCCCUGAAAUCUACCUGACCAGAUUGCUGUCCACAAAGGGCACACUGCAAAAAUUCCUGGAUGACUUAUUCAAAGCCAUUCUGAGUUUCCGAGAUGACAAACCUCCUCUGGCUAUCAAGUAUUUCUUUGAUUUCCUGGAAGAGCAAGCAGAAAAGAGAGGGAUCUCUGACCCAGACACAUUGCACAUUUGGAAAACAAACAGCCUACCUCUGAGGUUUUGGGUCAACAUUCUGAAGAACCCCCAGUUUGUUUUUGACAUCGACAAAACAGACCACAUAGAUGCCUGCCUUUCUGUAAUAGCCCAGGCCUUUAUCGACGCCUGCUCCAUCUCUGACCUGCAAUUGGGCAAGGACUCGCCUACGAAUAAACUGUUGUAUGCCAAGGAGAUUCCUGAGUAUAGAAAAAUAGUGCAGAGGUAUUACAAACAGAUCCAUGACAUGCCACCUCUCAGUGAACAGGAAAUGAAUGCACACUUGGCAGAGGAAUCCAGGAAAUAUCGGAAUGAGUUUAACACCAAUGUUGCCAUGACUGAAAUUUACAAAUAUGCCAAGAGAUACCGCAGCCAGAUAGUGAAUGCGCUGGACGCCAACCCCAUGACGAGGCGCACACAGCUGCAGCACAAAUUUGAGCAAGUGAUUGCACUCAUGGAAGACAACAUUUACGAAUGCUGCAGCGAGGCAUAGGUGGCAAUCUGGACUUUGCUCCACGUCUAGAAGUGGCCUUCUCUACAGUGCACUGUCCUUUAGGGAACACCUUUUCAAAGUAUCUGUGUGUGUCAAUAUGCAGCCUGUUGUAUGUAUGUGAUGAUAAAGAAACCAACUUGAUGGUGCGUCUGUCUGGCCAGUCUCCUUGAACCAUCAGGCGACGGGAGGGUUUGGCCACCAAACAGCUUGAAAUCCCUUAUGUGAUCUGCACUGCACGGCACCCAUAAUUUAUUUGAUCUUUCAGACAGAGGCACAAUAGUUGCGCCGCCAAAUGUAGUAGUUCCUUCUAAAGAGCUCCUACUUGUAUUCAAAGUGGCCGUCUUUCCUUUUAUUCAUUUUCCCAGAGAGACUCUUGUAAACCAGAGCUCAGGGUAUGGAAACAAUGCUGAGGUGGUUUGGAGAAAAGCAGAGAGACAUCUCAGGGAACACUGAAUGAAGGUUUCAAAAGGCCCUUGGAGCAACAGGGGAACUCCCCACCCCCUGCAAAACAGUGCCCCCUCUCCCUUCUGUGUACUUUAAAUAUCAGGGAACCCAUUUACUGUACACAGCCUGCUGCAUUAGAUGUAUUUUGUGCCUUUUAUUUUUGUACUGUACAUGGAAACAUAACCACAUCUUCAUCCGAGGCUGAACAGAGGUGGGGAACUCACAGGCUAGACAAUGCAGUUGCUUCCUAAGUAGUCAUGAGACAUGUGAAAGCACUUUAUCCCCCAAACGGAAGUGGCUGUUACCUUGCUGGAGGGAUCAUUAUUGUGUAGCAGACAAUGUUGAAAAAGAACAAAUCAGUGCAGCUGUUCCCGCUUCCCAGAUGUUUAUGCACACUGAACUGCAGUCGACAAAUUCCCCUCUAAAUGCCCAUCUGGCUCCAGGAAUAAUUUUUCCCUAGAAGGAGAAAUAUAUACACACACACACACUUCGGGGGUCAAAGGGAUGCACUUCCUUCCCUUUGUUCUGCCCCCUACAAUUUUAGAGGGAAUGUACAAAGCUGAACUCUUGGCUCACCAUAAAUCCACAAUUGGCUUUAACGCAAGACCACUGGUAGCUUCACAAAAGCAAAAAACAGAAGUUUCAUAAGGUAACAUCCUUUAAUGCAGUAUCCUAUAUUUGCCAGCAUCAUUAAAGUAUCAUUUGGUUUUUAACAUAAAGCCCCUUAACUGUUUCCCGUAUGCCUUUACACUGACUACAGUAGGAAGCAUUAUUUUUUCUCAACUGUGAGGAAGAUACACAGUAGUCCUAGCUCUCUUGUCUCUCUCUGAAUUCCUCUUUGGUAUAAUAGGUAACUGCCUGAAGGCAAUGGCUGUUGCAUACAACAAAAUCCAGAUUUACAGUGAGAACUGAAGCCAGCUGAUGCUGCUUACAAUGCCAAGGUCACAAACUGCCAAAUAAUGCUUAAAAAAAUACACUACCUCAUCAAAGGCAAGGUCUAAAGGGGAGUUGCCGCAGUUUAUGAGGCUAAGAUUUGAUCACUUGGGUAGGAAUUGAGCAGUUUAUUUUCCCCCAUUGCAAUAUUGUUGUGGGUAGUUAUCCUUUGUCAAGUAUAUCAGAAAUGCAUAGUGUAGUAUAUUAUGUGGGGAACCGACAUGUCAUGAUGGAUUUUAUAUAUUGGUAUAUUAAAACUACAGAUUUUAUCCAGUGCAAAAAAUAAAGAGGAAUAUAAGACAUGAAAAAGACAGAAUUGCAGAAGAUUACGCUUACUGAGGAAAUCUACAUCUGUUUGCUGAGAAAGUGGCUGCAGAAGAGAAACUUUAAGGAUGUAGCUGGGCUACAUUUAACCUAGAAAGAGAUUUUUUCUUCUUCAAAAUUCUUUUCUUUUCUUUUCUUUUUUGAACUGUGAAGAGCUGCCAGUUACACACAUACAGAGAAGGCUGACUCAGGAAUGUGAAAAGAGAGUCUGCUGGACCACCAGUUGUGGGGAGGAGGAGAGAGCUGAAGGAAAACAGAGACAGGAUUAGAGAUUUUUUUCUAGCCCAGUCAGUGCAGACAGCUGUAAUUUUGGAAAGCAUCAGCACGGUUUCAGCACUUAAUUGGGUUUGCAGAAAGCCACUGUCUGGACAGGCCACCAGGCCAGAGGGACCGAUCUCUGUAUCCCCCUCACAUAUUACUAUAUCCUGAAUGUGUGUGUGUGUGCGUGUGCGUGUGUGUGUGUGCGUGCUCUAAGUAAUGUGCUUGGCAGCAUAUGUGUAUCAUGGCAUAUGCUUUAUUAUUUAAUUCUUUGUCCAAAUAAUUGCUACAACCAUUGAAAUGAAUUGUCUACAAACUAGAAGCUGAGGGUUGGUGUUGUUGCCCAGAACCCAACUCCAUUGUAAUAUAUUUUUAAUUCUGUCAUGUUCUUUGUGGGUGUGUUUUCCCCCUACCUGCUGUUUAAUGGAAGUGGCAGAAUCUUUGGUGGGAAAUAUCUUUGUAAUAAAACAAGGUGAUCAAA